UAUCCAUAAAUGAAAUCAAUCUCCAUUUAUAAACACAAAUCACUUGCUGUUACAUUACAAUCUUUUUUCCAAAUUCAUCAUAAAACCCAUCCAACUUUCUCUCAAUCACACUCUCCCAAUACAGUACUUGAUGAAUUUACGGCCUCCUGCUAUCGAAAAGAUCUGUCAUCGGCCAUUAAAGCUUUAAACUUUAUGCAAGAGAAUCACAUUUGGGCUGAUUCUGUAACGUAUUCUGAGCUCGUUAAGUGCUGUUUGGCUCGUGGGGCGAUUCGGGAAGCUAAAUUGGUUCAGAAACAUGUUUUUUCAAAUGGGUAUGAGCCGAAAACUUUCUUGGUUAAUAUUUUUAUUAAUAUGUAUGUUAAGUUUAAUAUGUUGGAUGAUGCCCGGAAACUGUUUGAUGAAAUGCCUGAGAGAAAUGUGGUUUCUUGGACAACCAUGAUUGCGGGUUUUGCUAAUGCUGUUUUGGAAGAUGAGGCCAUGAGGUUUUUGGUUCUUAUGGUUAGAGAUGGUGUUAGUCCGAAUACGUUUACUUAUUCUUCGGUUUUGAAAGCUUGUAGUGGGUUAUUUAGUCUUAGGCAGAUUCAUUGUGGGAUCAGUAAAGCGGGUUUGGAUUCGCAUGUUUUUGUUAGGAGUGCGCUUAUUGAUAAUUAUUCUAAGUGGGGUGAACUGCAGAAUGCAUUGGUGGUUUUUGAUGAGAAGGAUACGAGGGAUUUGAUUGUUUGGAACUCGGUAAUUGGUGCCUUUGCUCAGAAUAGCGAUGGAGAUGAAGCAUUGAGCCUUUUUAAACGGAUGAAGAGAUGUGGGCUUAUGGCAGAUCAGGCGACGUUGACUAGUGUCUUGAGAGCUUGCACUGGGCUGUCCUUGUUAGAACUGGGAAGACAAGUACAUGUUCACGUGUUGAAAUAUGACCGGGAUUUGAUUCUCAGCAAUGCUCUUCUUGAUAUGUACUGCAAGUGUGGUAGCAUGGAGGAUGCUAGGUUUGAGUUUUCUAGGAUGGUGGACAAGGAUGUGAUCUCUUGGAGCACCAUGAUUAUAGGUCUUGCGCAAAACGGUUUCAGUCAUGAUGCUUUAGAGACGUUUCAGAUUAUGAAACGUUCGGGCACCAAACCCAACUACAUUACACUACUCGGGGUGUUGUUUGCCUGUAGCCAUGCAGGAUUGGUAGACAAGGGGAGAUUGUAUUUUCAAUCAAUGGAAAAGUUUUAUGGUAUUAAACCCGGAAGAGAGCACUAUGGUUGCAUGGUUGACCUACUUGGAAGGGCCGGGAAUCUAGACGAGGCAGUUGAUUUGAUACACAGCAUGGGAUCUGAUCCAGAUGUGGUGACAUGGAGAACUUUGCUUGGGGCAUGCAAAAUUCACGAUAACAGAGAUCUAGCUGCAUAUGCUGCUAAGAGGGUGCUAGACCUUGAACCUGACGAUGCAGGAACGUAUGUCUUACUAUCAAAUGUUUAUGCAAAGACUCGCAGGUGGGAAGACGCUGAUCAAGUGAGGAAGACCAUGAAGAGAACUAAUAUCAAAAAAGAACCAGGGUGUAGCUGGAUCGAAGUAAAUAAACAGAUUCAUGCCUUCAUGUUAAGAGAUAAUUCACAUCCAGAGAUCGAUGAGAUCAUACGGCAACUGAACCAUUAUGCUCAGAGAUUAAAGGAAGCGGGUUAUGUUCCAAAUACAGAUUGUGUCUUGCACGAUGUUGAAGGGGAACAAAUGGAAGAUCCACUCUUGCACCACAGUGAAAAGCUGGCAAUUGUGUAUGGCCUAAUGGCUUUAACAAAAGGAAAGACCAUCAGGAUCAAGAAAAACCUUAGAAUAUGUGAAGACUGCCAUCAGUUUGCUAAACUUUUGGCAAAUAUGGAGAAUCGCUACAUAGUUAUCAGAGAUCCAAUACGUUACCAUCACUUUCAAGGAGGGGUUUGCUCCUGUGGAGAUUACUGGUAGCAACAGAAGCAUACAGGUUUAGUGAAAUCCAGUGGGCUAGUUUUGCGUUUAAAAUUGUAUGGCUGCACUUCAGUAGAUAGUAAUCCUUCAUAAGCUGACUAUCCCCAGAUCUCAUCAUGUUCUUCAGGCUCCUUUCCUUGGCUUUUCCAGCUUAUUGCUUGAUAUUGGUUGUUCAACUAGGGAGUUUCCGAAGUGUACGCAAUCAUUCAUCUGCAGAUUGGCAGUUUUAAUUGCUUUUUCUCGGGGAAACCAAGGGAGAUUUUUACAUAAAUAUUUGCUAAUUACAAUUCUCAUCAUUCUCAAUCAUUCGAUAAGCUAGAUCCAGGGAGUUGUUUAAGCAGUAGAAUAGAUUUCUGUCAUGUCAAGCUUAAUCAAGUGACAAGACCCAUAUCAUGUAUGGUCUGUAUAUGCAUAUGGAAAACACUACUCAGGACACUGCACUUCUUGUCCCUCCACAUUAUGCUAGAGCAUGGGUGCUCUUGCUGAUGCAGUAUUCAGAUGUGUAAGAUCUUACAGGAGUUGGAUGGCAUUGGGAUUUGGGACAUUGGGUGCUGAUAAGGGUCUUUUUUCUCAAGAUGCUUGGGUGCGAUUGGUAAUCUGUGUACAUAGAAUAGUUGUCUUCUUCAAGUCAUGCCAGCCAGCCAUUAGUUUCAUGUGGUAGUGGUCAAUUUGCAGACACCGAAAUGUUGUCUUCAGUCAUGCCAGCCAGCCAAGUAGUUACCAGGUGUUCCACAUUGUUUUGUCAUCUUUUAUUUGGUUGUGCAAGUGUUGUAACUCUUAAUUUUUCAUGGUCCAUUUGGAUCAUUAGUCACUGUAUUACUAUGAUACCAUAAAGAACUGGGACUAAGACAUGAUGUUUUUGCCGGUUUA